GUUGUUUUGGUUGUGCGUGUGUUGCUCUCUUUAUUAUCUUUGUGAUACGAUACGAAAGAUUAAUUUAUCAACUUUCAUUCAAAAACUAUUUUUUAUCAUUAUCAUAUCGCGAUAUCAACAAAAACAACCAACAUUUGUCCAUUAAUCCACAAGUGUGAUUAUCUUUAUUUAGCAGAAAAGGUUAUUCAAACGAACGAAUGAACUUUUGAUUCGCUUGGCUUUUUCGUAUAUACCUGUUGUUGUUAUUGGCUUUAAAUUAUCGGUGGUUAAUCAUCACAUUAAAUGGCAACUAAACAAAGAAAGAUUGCUUUGAUGGGAUUUCGUUCUGUCGGAAAAUCAUCAUUAACGAUACAAUUUGUUGAAGGACAAUUUGUCGAUUCAUAUGAUCCAACCAUUGAAAAUACAUUCAAUAAAAAUAUCAAAGUUAAAGGUCAAGAAUAUUCAUUAAAAUUAGUCGAUACCGCAGGUCAAGAUGAAUAUUCAAUAUUUCCACAUGAAUAUGCUAUGGAUAUUCAUGGAUAUUGUCUUGUCUAUAGCAUCAAUAACCUGAAAUCAUUUGAAGUUGUCAAAGUAAUCUAUGAUAAAUUAUUGGAACUGACGGGAAAAAUUCAAGUACCAAUCAUUUUAGUAGGAAAUAAAGUGGAUCUUCAUCUCGAAAGAUGUGUAUCGGCACAGGAUGGUAAAGAUUUGGCCAAUUAUAUGCAUGCACAAUUUGUUGAAGUUAGCGCCAAAGAAAAUUCGGCUGUAACAAAUCUGUUUACAUCAUUAAUAAUGGCUAUUGAAAAACAUGGAUUAACAUCAUGUUCAUAUAAAACGGGAGCAAAUGAAUCGAUUGUCGAUCACAAUAGCACUAGUAAUAAACAUAAUAAAUGUAUCGUUUCAUAAAACUCCAAACACACAGAACAAACAAACAACAAACUCCUUGAUAUUACCUAGAUAUCAUAACCAUAUUCGUGAUUUUUAAAAAAAUUCUGUUUUAAUCAUUUUAUUUUCUGAUUAAAAAAUAAUUACAUUUUCUAAGAAUU